UCUUCGUGACGUCGCGCAGUGGGCGUGAGGCAAGCGACGGAAUAAGAUUCUUGGGUUUCGCGCCGCGAGGCGGUGGCGACCGGUUGGCUCGCGAGCUCGGCUCCCGCGGCCCAGAGAUGUCAGGUGUCCUGAGUGGUGACCCGGAGGGGCUCUCAAGCUGGACUGUCAUCGACCCCAAAGAGGCUGCCGCCGUUCAGACGCCACAAGAUGACAACGAUGUUGUUACCAAUGAAAGCGAGCCCGUGGCAAUGACAGAGAAUCUGCAGGCUGCUACCACACCACCCAUGCAAGAAUUUGAAAGGCCAAAAGAGAAUGAAGGUGACAUACAACUGCGGAUUCUGCUCGCAACAGUGAGUCAGGCGGAGUCUUUUGUCACAGAGGAACAAGAACAGCUAACACCAUCAUACGCCAAAGAGGAGACUCAGGAGGGAGAGCUUGGUGGUGGUGGUGGCGGCGGCGGCGGCAGUGGCGUUGGUGGCAACAGCGGAGAUGAGGACUCGGACAUCGUGACGCUGGACCCAGAUGUCGUCGAGGAAGUUGGGCCCGAGCUGCUCGUCCACUCGAGGAGUGCGGAGGCUGCCCCCAGCCACGAGUUUAUGCGCAUUACUCCCUUGCCAGACACCGCUAAGGUAUGUCAACCAUCGAGCAGUGACGAGAGCAAUUCACCCGAGGCUCCCGCCACGCUGCGCCAUCGCCGGCCCUCCAAGAGGAAGAGCCCCAGGGGAGAGCACCACGUGUCUGCUCACCCCGCGGCACAGACGUCCAUCUCGCUGCACGGCUGCAUCAUCUGCGUCGCAUGCGUCGUCAUAGCCUUGGCCGCCUUAAGGAAGUUCAUGGCAGGAGACCCUCAAGGGGGAAUUACAUCGCCAGACCUGAAAGAGGCUGCAGGUGACCUCAACCCUCUGGACGUUGCAGCACCUGCUCUGCCAGAUUCUAUGAUUCAAGACAUCGCUUCACUUGCGGAGGAAAAAGGUGAUGAGGGGACUUCAUUAUCGAAUAGAGGUCAAAUAAGGCAGAUGGACAAUGUGGCUACAUCAGACACUGUGGCUGCAUCAGACAAUGUGGCUGCAUCAGAUUGGAUAGAAGAGCAGAAACCAGUCGACCUGAAAGAACUUCUCACUGAGCUGCAGCGGCUGAGCAACAAGGUGGACAACUUGAAGAUGACAGAGGUCGAAGCUCCGGUAAUGACGGGGGAAGGUGAUGGCGGAAUUGUGGAAUCUGACGUGGAACUGAAGCACAGCAUUCAGGCCGAGCUAGCGGCCCUGGCAAAUCGGCUUAGUCGCCGCUUUGGAGAGCGAGGAAGCAAGCAAGAUGAGACGGCACAGCAAUCCAAGCUUUUUCACUCUGAAGAGAGUUUUCUGGACGAAUUGAAGGAUUCUCAAUACAAAACCACAAUCAUAACUCCUCUUGAAGACGUCAAAAAGUUUAAACAAGAAAGCAAUGAAUUGGAUACUGAAAGUAAAACUAAUCCACCAUCUGAAUCUACUGGCUCAGGGAUUAUUGUAGAACCCAUCGUGAAAGAAGACGAAACUGUUGGCAAGGAAGGCCCGCACAGAGAAGUGCCCCGGGAAAAGCGACAAGAACCUAAAAGUUCGAAAAAACAUAUCCCAAAAAAACCCAAACAUAAAAGUGGGCAGAGGUGGGGGACCUUUGAGAAGAUGAAGACAUCUGCCAAAGCCUUCUUCCAGAAGCAAAAGGAGAAGUUAAAACACGCAAAAAAAGCAAUCGGUGACAAAUUUCAGAAAAUCAGUGACUCUUUCAAGUCCACUUUCAAGAGGUGGAAGGAAAAAAGCAAGAACUUCUUUGAACAAAAAAGAGGCCAGGAAAAUAAGGCGAGAUCUCACAAAUACACUGCGACAAUGAAUGAGCCGUCUAAUGUGAAACAGCACAAUGACAUAAAUAAACAUAAAAACGAGAGGACAGCUCAGGACGCUAAAAACGACGCAAGUCAACGACCAACAGUCGUACGCCACAGCGGCAGUCCCGGGAGCAAGAGGGGAAAGGGUGAAGCCCAGAAGACGAGCAACAACAGAAAAACCUCAGGAGCAGACGCAGCAGGAAAGCCGCAGGACAUCGUCAGUGCCCCCGAGAUGCUCCAGAUACUGCGCCGCUACUUGGAACAGAUCGGGAACUUCCGCCACUGGAAUGAACUGGAGAGCUUCUUGAACCAGUUUUACAGAGAUGGCAAAUUACUCCGGAACCAGAUGAGCUUCGAGGAGCUGGUGGAGGCUGUGCAGGUCUACUUGGAAGUGCUGGGAUAUGGAAAGAAGAUGAGGGCAUUUGGGAAUAACCUCCACGACUAUAUUAAGCGGCGUGCGCCCAUGGGUCACAAGGGUCCACCACACGCUGCAUCCAGCCAGUAGUGGAAGCUCCUCUCUCGGGGCCAUGAUUUUUUUUGUAAUAGCAGUGGCACUUUCACGAGGAAAAGGUUUUGGUGAUCAAAGGCACGUUAGGCAGAUUGAAAUGUUUUUACAUUUGACUCUUUUCUCACUGUCAUAGCUGCGUUAUAGAGCAUCGUCUGUUUUUUUCCCAUUUUACUAAUUAAAUACGACAGGGCGGGGGGAGUACUAUACACAGUUAAGUCACUUAAACCAAAAUAAUGCAUCGUUGAAGCUGUUGAAAAUAGGGGUUUCAGGUUGCAGGUUCAACCUUUGCCAAUAUAAAUACAUUUUUAUAGAAAAUGUUACGUACUUUAACUGGCGACAUGAAAUUUUGGUAAAAUUGACAUUUCCUUAAAAUUUGCGCACAUGGUGUCUGGCAUGCAAUGUUGAAGUCGCCACUAACGCAAGUAUUUUUAUUUGCACCUGAUGUGGUGGCUGCCUUGCGUGUGACGUGAUGAUAUUCGGAGGCCGUUUCUUGCAUACACAUCUCGGUGGGAGAAUGGCUCUAAGUUAUUUUCUGCAGGGGAAAUGCACCUUGUAAUAGUGGUGGUUGGGUUUUUUGUUGUUGUUGCGCACUCAAGUGGUCAAUGCUUUUUUUUUAAAUAGAUGAAUGUGUUAAGUCUUGGUCAGAGGUGUGGCAAAUGAAAAAUGUAGGUUCACCAAACAUGCUGAGUGAUAUCAUUUGUUUGGAAGAUGCACCACCACUUACUCUUACAAGCUAUGCACAUCCUUUAAAACCUCUUGGUGAAUGGAAAUAUUAAAGUCUAUUUACAAUAAAAAUUGUUGUGGAAAUUAA